AUGUCAUCGCAGCAGGAAGACGAGGUGGUCACCGCCUACCCCAACUACUACCCCAAGGGUCAGAAGCAGGAGCUUCCCGGCGAGGACCAGUCGAUGGAGCCGCUCGCCGAGCACAUCAAGGUCGAAAAGUGGGACAAAGACGGCAAGCCUUAUCUCGAAGAAUAUGGAGGCAGCGGCAAGCUCGAGGGCAAGUCCGCCAUCGUUACCGGUGGUGAUUCUGGUAUCGGUCGCAGCGCUGCGCUCUUCUUUGCUCGCGAGGGUGCCAACGUCACCAUCGCCUAUCUGCCCGAGGAGGAGAAGGACGCUGACAUGGUCGAGAAGCUCGUCCGUGAAGCGCCCAUGGGAACGCACGAGAUUCUCCGUGUGCCUGGCAAUCUCGAACAGGAUUUGUACUGCAAGGAACUCGUCGAGAAGCACCUCGCCAAGUGGGGCACCAUCGACAUUGUCGUCAACAACGCGUCCAAGCAGGUGCCCUCUCCCAAUUUUGAGGAGAUCGAUCUCAAUGUCACGGAGAGCACCUUCCGCAGCAAUGUGCUGGGUGCCUUUGCACUGACCAAAUUCGCCUUGCCCCACAUGAAGCGCGGCUCGACCAUCAUCCAGUCGUCCUCGGUAACGGCGUACAAGGGCAGCGCAGCUAUGAUCGACUACAGCUCCACCAAGGGCGCCCUCGUCUCCUUCACUCGCAGUAUGGCGCUCCACCUCGCACCGCGCGGGAUUCGCGUCAACGCCGUCGCUCCCGGACCGGUCUACACGCCGCUGCAGCCCGCAAGCCGCAGCGAGGACAACAUGGAGGGCUGGGGAAUCGGUGGCGUGCCUUUGCACGGUAGGCCUGGUCAGCCGGCAGAGAUGGGCGCCGCGUACGUCUUCCUCGCCGACGCAGGCUCGUCCAACAUCAUGACCGGCCAGGUGCUGCACCUGUCGCACGGCAGCUGGUUCGGGUCCUAG